AUGUCUACUGUGAAGAUGAUUUCCCUUCGAGUGAAAUCAAUGAAGAAUAUACAAAAGAUUGUGAAAACUAUGAAAGUAGUGUCGGUGGCCAAGUACGCAAAAGCAAAGAAAGAUCUCCUUGUGGCCCGACCUUAUGGAACCAGCACCAAAGUGUUUUACGACAAACUUGACCUAAAAGAUCCGCAGGAACAGACACUGUUGAUUGCUAUUACGUCUGACAGAGGAUUAUGUGGCGCCCUUCACAAAAAUGUCUCCACUAAAAUCAAGGAGGAGUUUGCGAAACGUCCAGAAAAUUCCAAAAUAGUUUGCGUGGGAGCAAAAUCUCGGAGUUUACUGCAAGGGCAGUACGGUAAAAGUUUUCUGGGCGUUGCUGACCAAAUUGGUCGCAAACCUCCGACAUUUCUUGAUGCAUCAAGAAUAUCAAAUAUACUAUUCACAACUCCUUACAAAUAUACUUCGGGCAAAAUAAUUUUCAACGAGUCAAAAUCUGUGGUUUCUUAUUUAACCAGUGUUGUGUCUGUGUUCACUUUGCGCACUCUAAACGCGGCUCCUGGGUUGCGAGUGUACGAUUCUCUAGACGACGAUCUCCUGCAAAGUUACGUGGAAUUUUCAGUCACGUCCCUUGUGUUUUAUGCGUUGAAGGAGGGGGCUGCCAGCGAGCAAUCGUCUCGAGUGAACGCGAUGGACCAAGCCAGCAAGACAGCCGGCAACAUGAUCAACGAGCUGACGAUGGUUCUCAACAAAACGCGACAGGCAGCGAUCACGACGGAGUUGAUUGAAAUCAUAUCCGGAGCAACGGCCGCCAAGAAAGACUCA